GAAACACAUGAGGAGCAUGAUACUUCUACUGAAAAUGCAGAUGAUUCUAACCAUGAUCCUCAGUUUGAGCCCAUCGUUUCCCUUCCUGAGCAAGAAAUAAAAACUCUGGAAGAAGAUGAGGAAGAACUCUUUAAGAUGCGAGCAAAGCUGUUCCGAUUUGCAUCUGAGAAUGACCUUCCAGAAUGGAAAGAACGAGGAACUGGUGAUGUAAAACUCCUGAAACACAAGGAGAAGGGAACAAUUCGCCUCCUCAUGAGGAGGGAUAAAACCCUAAAAAUCUGUGCAAACCAUUAUAUCACACCCUUAAUGGAGCUGAAGCCUAAUGCUGGGAGCGACAGGGCAUGGGUCUGGAACACACAUGCUGACUUUGCAGAUGAAAGCCCCAAGCCUGAACUUCUGGCAAUCCGAUUUUUAAAUGCAGAGAAUGCACAGAAAUUCAAGGCAAAAUUUGAAGAAUGCAGGAAUGAGGUAGACAAGAGAGCAAAGAAAGCAGGCACAGACAAAAACGAUAGUGCUGAUAAAGUUGCUGAAAAACUAGAAGAGCUUUCUGUAAAGGAAGAGAGCAAAGAAUCUGAGAAGAAAGAGACCAAGGAAAAAACUGAAGAAAAGCAAUAAAUCAUCCUGGGCCUUGCAGUUUUUCCUUUACUUUUUUCUUUCUUUUCCUUUUUUUUUUUGUUUUUCUGUGGUGUGUUUUUUUUUUUUUUUAAUUUUUACAAGGGACUUUAUAAGGAACUGAAUUCAACGUUCA